AAUCACAAAUUCAAAAUCAAGCCACUGUCAAGUUCAACUCCAAACUUACCCAUUUUCAGUCACCUUCGUCUCUCCGGGAACAUGGCCCAAAACGACACCGCCGUCAACAGUUUAUUCUCUUCUUUGAUUCAAGACAUCAAAGCCUACUCCGGCACCGAUCCCCUUCUUCCCUGGAUCCGAGGCAUAAAGAAAAUGAAAGAGUCACUACCUUCAAAUGUCUUAAAGGAGAAAUUGCCUCGGUUUCUGCAGAAAUGCACUCAGACUUUUGAGUCCGAGCGGCGUUACAAGAACGACAUGCGGUAUCUUCGCGUUUGGUUAGAAUUGAUGGAUUAUGUGGAUGAUCCGAGAGGUCUACUAAGAAGCAUGGAGGUGAAUCGCAUUGGAAGAAAACAUUCUUUAUUCUAUCAAGCAUAUGCUCUUUACUAUGAGAAGAUGAAGAAAUUUGAAGAGGCUGAGCAAAUGUACCACCUCGGAGUGCAAAACUUUGCGGAGCCUGCCGAUGAGUUGCAGAAGUCUUAUGAGCAGUUUCUUCAUCGGAUGGAAAGACACAAAAAGAAGAGAAUGCGGCAAGAGGAACGGAGAACUUCGAGGAGGCCUUUGUCUGACAGGAGCACCCCUGCUCAUUCCACUGAGACAGGAGAAAACAGUGAGAACAUAGGCGUAGUUGAACGAUCUUUAGCUGAAACUCUGCUUGAGAAUAGAAAUGCAGAAUCCAAGAAGAUUUUGAAGGAAAGGUCCCAGAAUGUGAAGCAAUCAAUGGAAUCUAAACAUGAUGGGGUUUCAGUGAAACUGGGCCAUACUGGAUUAGGUAGCAUGCAAGAGGAACAUGUUGGUAAAUCUGGGAGUAGAAGUACAUCCAAGCGACAAGUGGAUUCUAAAGGAGAAUCUGAUGAACCUAUAAUGUUUGCAGGUGAUGAUACAUUUGUGGUGAAGUUUGUUGAUAAAGCCAUUGUGGGAAAAUCUGAAACAGAAGAUGCCUUCCAUCAUGGACUGGUGGAUCCUACGAUAAAUAUGAAGGAGGCCAUGAAUGCCAUUAACAACAUGUUUAAAGAGCCUUUAGAUAUAGCUCCACGUGGAAGAAGAUCACGUGGAAUCCAGAAGAAAGAAGAUCAAAGAUUGGAAAAUGGUUUCGUGGUGUUUGUUGAUGACAAUUUGGAUAAAGGCAUUGAAUCAAUUGAGAGAAAAGAAGAAAAAGGUGUUUCACUAAUGCAGCAUGGUGGAGCUGAAAAUUUCCUGCCUCAAAAAGAGCCAUUCACAAUAUUUGUUGAUGACGAAGAAAGUAAUAAGAUUGAAGUUAGAAAUGAUGAUGAAGGGAACCUUGAGCUGAAUGAAGUGCAAAUUGAGACACAAGGCUUCAGUUCAUCUUCUACACAUGUAAGUGGUUUCGUGUUUCCAAGUCCAAAGGACCUUCCAUCUGAAAGUUCUGAUGAACAGGAUGCAGGGGGCUCACCUCGAGUAAAGCUUCGAGAGGAUACAGUUGUUCAUAGGUUUGUUGGGUCCACUAUUUUAGAUGAGCCAGAUGUGGAAAAUGUUUGCCACCAUGGCUUAGUAGACCCAACAAUCAACUUGAAGGAGGCUAUGGCCGAUAUCAAUAAUAUGUUUGGCAAGCCAAUAGAUUUUGUUAGGGCUAAGAGACCAAAGAAGCAAGAGAAAGCGCCAGUCAAAAAUCAAGACCCUGGUGGUUUCUUGAUACUUGCUGAUGAUGACUUGAAACCUCAAUGUCAGGCCUCAUCGAAGUCAUCAAAGAAAAAAGGAGAUUGCAAUCUGUUUGAGCCAACCAUGUUUACAAAGGAGGCCAUGGAUGACAUAAAUAAGAUGUUUGGAAUGCCAUUGGACUUCUAAGGAAAAAACAACACUAACUUUUGCUGAAGCAAUCGGCUCAGCCUCUGACAAAGACCAUGUUCCAUAAUGCUUACAGCUCUGGCAAUACACCAUGCCUUCAACAACUACAUCAACUGUCUUCCCAACUGCUGGUGUAUUUUCAUUACCAGCCAUGGAAGGAAAGACCAAUGA